AUGGACGGCUUCGAUCCUUAUAUGCAGAAUGUCACCUUUCUGCUCGCCGAUGGCAUGACUCCCAUCAACGCUACGGUAUUCAUGAUCGAUGCCUUCAACUCUUAUUCAAUCAGUGUCAGCAUCAACUAUGGCGCCCAGCUGGGUGCCGCCAUGCUCAUGCUCAUCGCCAUGCUGGUCAUGACGCCGUCCGCAAAGCUCCGCCGGCCCUCUGGCAUCCUCCAUGUCACCAUACUCGUCCUCUGCAUCAUCCGCAUGGCCCUCCUUGCCACCGCGUUCCUGUCUCCUUUCAAUGAAUUCUACAACCACUGGGCCGUCGACUACUCUACCAUCGAGCGCCAGCACUACAACGCCAGUGUUGCCGCAACCACGUUCUCUCUUCUCCUCGUGAUAUUCACCGAGUUCGCCCUCAUCUACCAAGCAUGGACCAUGGUAACACUGUGGCCCAGUGUAGCCAAAUAUGUCCUCUGCGCCCUUUCACUGUGUGUUACCCUCCUUACCAUAAGCUGGCGUAUCGCAGCCACUGUCGUCCAGAACCGGGCCACGAUGACCCUCACUUCGGCAGCAGAUUCGUUGUGGAUCAUGAAGGCCGCAGUCAUAACCAAUGCCAUAUCAAUCUGCUGGUUUUGUGCCGUUUUCAAUAUGAAGCUCGUGAUCCAUCUGGUCACAAACCGCGGAGUACUCCCCUCCAGUCGAGUCCUCUCUCCCAUGGAAGUCCUCGUCAUGACCAACGGCAUCUUGAUGGUGGUACCAGUCAUUUUCUCCGGAUUGGAAUGGGGCCACUUCGUUAACUUCGAAUCCGCCUCAUUGACGUUGACCUCUGUCGCCAUCAUCCUACCCCUUGGAACUCUCGCCGCUCAGCGUGUCUCCCAAUCCUACGGAAUAGCAUCAGCUCAGGAAGGAUCCAGCUACCGCGGCGAUACCCUGCUUCCCGCAACUUCCAAUUCCAACACACCGCUCAAGGGUUUCUCCAGCUUCCUCUCCAGCAACCGAACCAAUUCUACACCAGGUGUCUCCAUCUCAUCUCGUUGUGAGGCUAGUCACCCUCAUCGCGAGAGGCUAGACCCCGUCGAUGUUGAGCUUGGUCGGAUUGACGGUACUGUCCACUUACACAAAGGUCAGGUCAGGAUCGAUCAUGGUAUCGAGCAGCGCGAAGAGCGGCUUUAG